AUGAGCCUUCUCGAUCAGAGACGCAAGUCAGCCGCUGCGCAGUCGCCCUCUCCAUCGCCUUCAUCAAUCUUGCUGCGCACAGGCGGCGUGUCUCCAACAAGGCGAACCUCCUCUCGAAAGCUCUCUUCUUCACGUACUCCUGAUGCUCCGCCAUCCCUUCGUCGUUCCACGUCUCGAAGGAUAUCUCGCAAUAACCCCCCGCACGUCAACCACGACAUCGCAAAGUCACAAUUCGCUACAAUGAAUUCACGACCUCACACUCCGGUCCACCAUGAUUCUGGUAUGCCUCCUCAAUUCGAACGCUCUUCCUCUUCAUUGCUAAUUUUCCCCCCCCCCCUUGCAACAGCCAGCACAGAUACUUCCACUACGCUCGUCAACCCUACCUCGACAAUACUCCAGGGUCUGAUCAAAGAACAACGGGCAACCCGAGGAUCACGAAAGACAAUACCUCAUCUGUCAGAUGACAUUGACCACAGGCCACCAACUUCUCAUUCGCACUCCCACUCACACGAAAACAGUCCUUCAGAAAAACAACGUCGAAUUAACAGUCUCGUGGCAUCUGGCCUCAAACAACCGCGAGAUAUGGGCAUUCGUGAAAUGGAUCAAUAUGUGUCCAAAAUGAAUAAGCUGAACUUCGACUUGAAACUCGAUAUAUUUCAUCGCACACAACAAAUUGCCACGCUAGAAAAGAAGAUGGAGCGUAUGCAUGCAAUGGAAGAGGAGUUGGAACGAAUGCAUUAUCUGGAGGAUGAAUUGGACGAGCUACGAGAAGUUGAGGAAAACAAUCAGCGAUUGCGAGAAGCCAACGAACAAUUGCAGUCAGAACUGGAUAGAAGAGACCAGGCAAUCAGUGAGGCUGUUGAGUUGAUUUGUCAGUUGGAGUCAAAGGUCGAGGAAUUGCGAGCUGGUCGCAUUGCCUCGAUUCCUUCCGCAACCACCCCGGUGCCCCGAGACAGCAUGACCUUUAUUGCCGAUGACGAAUCAGAAGUAUGCACUCCGAAGGCCCAGGCAUUCGUUGAUAUACCGGAUCGGACUUCUUCGAGAAAAGGAACAGCUCGUCGACCACGCAAGUCACCUUCGUUCCUCCGUGAAGAAAGCAGAAGUACAGCUGCCCUGCGCAGCCUUUUCAUGGCCGAGGAGAACAAAUCUGUCAGGUCUGUCAGCGCAUCGACUAUGGCAACUACACUCGAUUCAAUGGCAGACCCCCAGUCCCCUAGGUUGAGCAUUUUGAGCGAAUGCAGCUACUUUUCUCCACAAGAUAUGCACCCAAAAGGUGCCGAUUUUGGCCAACCAGAUCACUUGGAUCAAUUGAACCUUGUCAACAAUGAUGAAGCAGAUCUUGUUGCUUCGUCGAGUAAUCAUCCAAGCGGUCACCUAUCUGAUCGUAUAAGUAAUUGGAUGCAACUCGAUGGGGAUACUUCUCAGAGCGCCAGCAACAACGACAACAAUCAUCGACGUCGAACACGUGCACUCUCAGACAUAUCCAGAGGCUCGCAGCUUCCGGUCACCUGUCUUGACGAGCCAUUUGAGCUAAAUUGCAAAUCCAGGCGAAGUCACCACCAUCCUAGUCCUCGUCACCCACACCUAGCUGACUUCGGAGGUAACUUGCCGCCAACGCCCGAUACAAUGAGUACUUUUCGCCCCGCAUUUGGAAACGGAUCUAAUGCUAGUCUUCCCAUGGACAGACUUGUUGGAAGCCGCGCAGCACUUGACACGUCGCCAUCGGUAUUCGCCCGUUUGAGUCGGCCACGUUCAGCUGACGAGAUUACCACACGACCGCCUAGUAUUACCAUGAGUGAUCGCUCAGAUACUGAUGAUACCGCAGCAAGCGUGGAGAAUAACUUGGGGUCGGGAGACCAAAACCAAGUCUCCGGUCUUCUUUCUUCAUUCAACCACUUCGGUAGAGGCUCCGCAAAGGCCACUCGUUUAUUGGGGCCUGGAAGCCCAAGCAAUCCGAGACUGAGUUGUUAUGGUGGGGAUCUCCUAUUCAACGGAGAAGGCGUCGAAAAUUUUGUCUCCGGGAUGCAUAUGACACGAACUUCAUCCUCCAAAUCCGUCACUCCCGUCCAAGUUCCCAACGAAUCACCCCCUUCUUCACCAUUGACACCUUCAGAGUGGCUCGAAGCAGCGAAAACAGAAGAACGAUCGGAAGGGGCAGACGAUUCCAGCAUAAAGUCUGAUACCGAAGAGAAGCCGUUGGGAAUUCCAGAAAAGCACGACGUUGCUCCCACAACGGUCGAUGAAAUUCCCACUGAUAACUCAGUGCUUUCACAGAAUCCCCCACUACGGCUUCGUGCCUGGGCAAAUGACUCCCAGCCUGUAGCAGAGGCUCAACCGCGCAGACGCUUAUCGCUUCGCCCUCGGUUUUUUACUAGAAACCGCCACCAGCAAGAUUUCCAACCAGAAUCGAUGACCCUGAACAACAAAGGGCCUUCGCCUGUUCCAGAUAAGUCCCUUACAAUUUCAAAGCACAGGCGAACUAGCUCCGGUCCCGGUCUCAAUUCCGAAGAGCUUCUGUUUAAAUCUGCAGCUGGACGAGCCUCCAGUCGCCCUCUGCCGAAGCCUCUAUCUGAUCUACGUCCUUCAACAGCUUCUCGGCCUGUGACUUCAGAGAGCAAUGAGCCUCGCAGCAAAGGGUCUCUUUUUAAGAACUGGAUGAAAGGAUCGCAUAAUAAGGACUAUGAUGUGCCUCCUACUGGGCAUGCAGUGCUGGCUCGCACAGCCUCGGAGAGGCCGAAAUCAACUGCCACUAUCGACAUUUCUACUUUGACCCUUGCUCGAGCUGGUGAAUUGGCGUCACCUGCUGCAGAAGACGAACCCGUUUGGCGGGCUCGGAGACGCUCCCGGCGAAUGGCAUAA